AUGAAGGCCACCACCCUCCUCGCCCUCCUCGGCCUCUUCGGAGCAAGCGCCACAGCAGUCCCAGCAGUCAACUUCCCCCGACAAAACGGCAACAAUCACCCGGUAUCCUGGGAAUUCUUCCUCUUCCAAAACACAAACUGCACAGGACCUCAGGAUACAUUUUCCGGAAACGGGACCACGGCUUGUCGGAACGAUAUCCGGCAUGGUAGCGCGUUGGGGUUCAUUAAGGAUGAUAUUAGCCCGGGGUGUGUGAUUGAAUUGUUUAGGGGGAAGAAUUGUACGCAGAGUGUGAGGAAUGUUACUUCGAGGACGGAGAGUUCGUGUCAGGUUUUGCCGGGGUCUGUGUCGAGUUUUGAUACAACGGUUCACAGGCAUCCGAAGGCAGCAUCGAUCAACCAUUCGAUCUUACUGCAGACACAAAGUCGGGAGUUAAGCCUCGUGGAGAGUCUCAGAUACCUAAUGCAGAAUCUGGAAUGGCGAAGACAGUUUCAUGAUGGUUCGCAGUUUACUGGGAACAUCGAGAGCGCCCAAUUCAUGCUCAACCAUCAGGUCGAGCUGAAUGUGAUGCGCGAACCGCAAACAGAAAUAAAUGGCACCGUGACUAUCCUGGCAGAAAAACUCGCUGUAUUGCGGUAA